AUGGAAGAUAUUCUAAACAUUCUUAGACCAGUUAAAUUUGAUGAUUCUCUAGCACACUAUGAGAUUCAUUCUCACCAACCCUACAAUUCAUCAGCAUUUAAUAAUAGUGAUGAAAUUCGAAUUCCAGUUCAAAAUCAAGAUCAAUACAUUUUACCCUCAAAAAGUACAUUACACGUAACAGGAAGAUUAGUAAAAGCUAAUAAUACUAAUGUGACUAACACAAAGUUAAUUAGUAAUAGCGUUAGUUUUUUAUUCAUCGAGAUUCGUCAUGAAUUGAGUGGAGUGGAAAUUGAUCCCUGUAAAAAUGUUGGUCUAACAACCACUAUGAAAGCCUAUGUUUCUCACACACCUAAUCAAUUAAUUUAUGCUGAAAAUGCUGGCUAUCUUGAAUUCGAUGACGAUCUUAGAAUAACCAAUGAGAAUGGUUAUUUUGAUGUAAACAUACCAUUAAACAUGAUUUUUGGAUUUGCUGAAGACUAUCGAAAGAUUGUUGUUAAUGCAAAACAUGAACUUAUCCUCACAAUAUCUCGUACAGACCUUAAUACUAUAGUUGAUAUUACGGCAACUGAAGAGCAUGAGCAAUUUAAGAUUAUAAUUAAUAAAGUGGAAUGGUUGAUACCAUAUAUAUUCCUUGGAGAUCGUCAAAAAAUUGAAUUAUUAAAAUUUAUUGAAAAAGACCCUCUUAUAUCUAUGAGCUUCAGAUCGUGGGAUAUGUAUGGAUACCCAUUGUUACCUACCACUCAAAAACAUGUUUGGACUGUAAAAACUUCUACUCAGGUUGAGAAACCUCGAUAUGUAAUCCUUGGAUUACAAAUAAAUCGAAAAGAUCAUCCUGGAAGAUAUGCAAAUAUUUUUGAUAGCUACAAUACAGCAGCUUAUUGUUUAAUUAUUCAUGAUCGAAUUAUUCAAUACACACCAAUCAGUAAUGUUGUGAAGAAAGUAUCGUAA